GCAGUGAACGGAGCUGUAGUUAGCAGUUAGCGGCUGCUGUAGCUAACAUUAGCCGCUGAGGGUGAUCUGGAGACGGACACGCAGAACAUCGAGGAGCCGGGAGCGGACCACCUGCCCCGGCUGCCUCCCCGCCGUGUGCCCGCUGCCUGUGAGCCGGUGUCGGUCAGAUGAGUGUUAGCUAACCGGUGAGUCAGCAUGGGAGAAGACUGCGGAGUUAACGGGGACCUGAACGCCAACCUGCGGUGUCAGAGCACCGGGGACCCGCAGCUGGACCAGGCGGUGCACCGGUGGUUAACCUGGGACAAGAACCAGUGGACCCGGGCUCAGGUGGAGUCUCUUUUGGCCGAGGCUCAGUUUGACGAUCUGAGGACACGACUCUGCAGCAGGAUGAGCUUCGGUACGGCCGGACUCAGAGCACCAAUGGGAGCCGGAUUCAACCGAAUCAACGACCUCACUGUCAUCCAGUCCACACAGGGUCUGUGGUCAUACCUGUCCAGGUACUUUGCUGACUUCAGCAGCAGAGGUGUGGUGGUUGGUUUUGACACCAGGGGACAGGAAGAGAGCGGUUGCAGCAGUCAGAGGUUGGCAAAGUUAACGGCUGCUGUGAUGCUCAGUAGAGACGUCCCCGUACAUCUUUUCUCUACGUUUGUCCCCACGCCAUUCGUGCCGUAUGCUGUGAAGAAACUAGGAGCAGCUGCUGGAGUCAUGAUCACCGCUUCACAUAAUCCUAAAGAAGACAACGGGUACAAGGUGUACUGGUGUAACGGCGCUCAGAUCUCAGCACCUCAUGACAAGGAGAUCCUGCGGAGCAUCGAGGAGCAGUUGGAGCCCUGGAGCGCCUCCUGCUGGGACGAGGAGCUGGUGGAGAGCUGCUCCCUGAGGACUGAGCCCCUGACCCAAAUCAACAGCUGCUACAUGGAUGAACUCACCUCCCUCUGCUUCCACAGGGAUCUGAAUCGCAGCUGUCCUUUGAAGUUUGUCCAUUCGUCCUUCCACGGCGUCGGACACGUCUUCGUCCAGCAGGCCUUCCAGACCUUUGGCUUCCAUCCACCAAUCCCUGUACCGGAGCAGAAAGACCCCGAUCCCAACUUCUCCUCCCUCCGAUGUCCAAACCCAGAGGAGGGAGAGUCUGUUCUGUUGCAGGAGCUUUCUCUUCUUCUGGCAGAGCGGGAAAACGCUCGGAUCGUCUUGGCAACGGAUCCUGAUGCCGAUCGUUUGGCUGUAGCAGAGAAGUCUGAUGGGUGUGGCUGGAAGGUGUUCACAGGUAAUGAGCUGGCAGCUCUGCUGGGUUGGUGGAUGUUCUUUAACUGGAAGGAGCAUCAUCCAGACCCCGCAGACACUGGGAGCGUUUACAUGUUGGCCACCACAGUGUCGUCCAAGAUCCUGCGCGCCUUCGCUCACAAGGAAGGGUUCCACUUCGAGGAAACUCUUCCAGGGUUUAAAUGGAUCGGGAACAGGAUGCACGAACUCUCCAAAACAGGGAACACGGUCAUAUUCGCCUUUGAGGAGUCGAUUGGUUUCCUGUGCGGCAGUAUGGUCCCCGAGAAAGACGGCGUGAGCUCGGCAGCCGUCGUGGCAGAAAUGGCCGCUUACCUACACAACAAGAGCCUGAGUCUUGACCAGCAGCUCCACAACAUCUACCUGACGUAUGGUUUUCAUGUGUCUAAGACCUCCUACGUCGUCUGUCACCACCCGCCCACCAUCCAGAAGAUCUUUUGUCGGAUCAGAAACUUUGACGGCGAGGGAUCGUACCCGAAGUCGUGCGGUGGCGUCAGUAUCGUCCAUGUCAGAGACGUUACCACGGGAUACGACAGCAGCCAGGCGGACCUCAGAUCUGUUCUUCCUGUGUCCAGGAGCAGUCAGAUGAUCACCUUCACGCUUCAAAACGGCGUUGUGGCCACGCUGAGAAGCAGCGGCACAGAACCCAAGAUCAAAUACUACACAGAGUUCUGCGCACCGCCGGGGAAAAGUGACAUGUCCAGUCUGGAGGAGGAGCUUACAAAGGUGACGACCGCUCUGCUCGACGAGUUCCUGGAACCAGAGAGAAACAACCUGAUUCGUCGCUUUGUCUAACCCCACCUCCACGUACCUGGUCCCUCUCUGUGGUGUCACUUCCUGUUGUGUUAGCUCCUCUCUGUGGUGUCACUUCCUGUUGUGUUAGCUCCUCUCUGUGGUGUCACUUCCUGUUGUGUUAGCUCCUCUCUGUGGUGUCACUUCCUGUUGUGUUAGCUCCUCUCUGUGGUGUCAAUGAAGUUCAUGUCGGACUGAGGAAGAAGAUAGAGACGGAAAGUGACCGAAGAUUGAGAGCAUCAUGCAGAGAGCAUGAUGGGAACUCAGCAGAGAGCAUGAUGGGAACUCAGCAGAGAGCAUGAUGGGAACUCAGCAGAGUCCAAAGAAAAGAACAAAUGUGUUUUGAGGUGAAGGAAAAUGACGUUGAAACCUAAUGUUUGUUUUCCUGCAGUGUUUUUGUUUUUUAUAGCAGCCUGCUGAUGCCAAAUCAUAUUUCAUCAGUUUUAAUUAUUCUAAUAUUACAUUAUAAUUCAUAUAUAUAUAUAUAUAUAUA